AUGACGACCGGCGACGACCUGCCCAUCGAGACGCCGCCGCGGGCCCCGUCCCCGGCGCAGCGCUUCGGCACCCGCGCCGUGCACGCCGGCAGCCCGCACGACCCGAGCACGGGCGCCGUCAUCGAGCCCAUCUCGCUGUCGACGACCUUUGCGCAGACCUCGGCCGGCAAGCCCGUCGGCGUCUACGAGUACUCGCGCUCGGCGAACCCGAACCGCGACAACUUUGAGCGCGCCGUCGCCGCGCUCGAGAACGCCCGGCACGCCGUCGCCUUCGCCUCCGGGUCCGCCGCCACGGCCGUCAUCCUGCAGUCCCUCGCCGCCGGGUCGCACGUCAUCUCCGUCUCGGACGUCUACGGCGGCACCCACCGCUACUUCACGCAGGUCGCCAAGGCCCACGGCGUGCGCGUCACCUUCACGCCCGAGAUCGAGGUCGACGUCGCCGAGCACAUCACCGACGCCACCAAGCUCAUCUGGAUCGAGUCGCCCUCCAACCCGACCCUGCGCCUCGUCGACAUCCGCGCCGUCGCCACCGCCGCCCACGCCCGCGGCGUCCUCGUCGUCGUCGACAACACCUUCAUGAGCCCCUACGUCCAGAACCCGCUCGACCACGGCGCCGACAUCGUCGUCCACUCGGUCACAAAGUACAUCAACGGCCACUCGGACGUCGUCAUGGGCGUCGCCGCCCUCAACGCCGACCCCCUGCACGACCGCCUGCGCUUCCUGCAGAACGCCAUCGGCGCCAUCCCCUCCCCCUUCGACUGCUGGCUCGCCCACCGCGGCCUCAAGACGCUGCACCUGCGCGCCCGCGAGGCCUCGGCCAACGCCCUCGCCGUCGCCCGCGCCCUCGAGGCCGAGAUCCCCGCCCGCGUCCUCGCCGUCAACUACCCGGGCCUCGACAGCCACCCGCACCGCGCCAUCGCCCUGCGCCAGCACCGCGCCGGCAUGGGCGGCGGCAUGCUCUCCUUCCGCGUGAGGGGGGGCCACGCCGCCGCCGAGCGCUUCUGCCAGCACGCGCGCGUCUUCACGCUCGCCGAGUCGCUCGGCGGCGUCGAGUCGCUGUGCGAGGUGCCCUCGAGCAUGACCCACGCCGGCAUCCCGCGCGACCAGCGCGAGGCCGUCGGCGUCUACGACGACCUCGUGCGCCUGAGCUGCGGCGUCGAGGCCGCCGAGGACCUCGUCGACGACGUCCUGCGCGCGCUGUCCCUCGCCGCCCUGGGCGGCGAGGACGGCGGGAGCAACGGCGUCAAGAAUGGGCACUGA